AUGUACAUUUGUGCGGAUUUUGAUAUCAAAGACUAUCUCGAUGUGAUCAAUUCACGAAACUUUACGGGAAAAGUAGUUUUGGUGACCGGAAGUAGUUCUGGAAUCGGGGAGGGGAUCACUAAACUGUUCUCUAUAUUAGGGGCCAAUGUUGUGGUCACCGGUAGGAAAGCCGAUGACGUUCAGAGAGUUGGCAAAGAAGUACAGGAAUUGUCGCCAAAGAAAUUAAAGCCAUUAGAAGUGGUCGGAGAUCUAACCAAAAGUGAUUUCAUUAAACUAUUGGUCGGAAAUACAAUUCAAACAUUUGGAAAGUUAGAUGUUUUGGUUAAUAAUGCGGGAAUAUAUCCAGGGACAAACAUUACACAAACAGACUUAAUGCAAGUCUGGGAUCAGGUCUUCGCCAUAGACUUGAGAGCAGUCAUCGAACUGAUCCACGAAUCGGUUCCACAUUUGGAGAAAACUAACGGCACUAUCAUUGAUAUCUCUAGUAUUGGUGGCAUAGCACCGUAUAUCCAAAACCUGGCGUACGGUCCGGCAAAAGCCGGCUUAGAUAUGUUGACUCGAGUACUGGCCCUCGAAUUGGGACCCAAAGGCAUUCGUGUCAAUACAUUGAAUCCGGGCACUAUACAAGUGACUGAUAAGGUGCUCCCCAUAUACGAUACGUCAAAGGCUGCCACACCACUCAAGCGAUUGGGACAACCA